UUCCUCGUUGGCCGGUUCAUGAUGAUCACAAACCAAUUCCUAAUUUGCCUUUCUUUUCUUUCAUUUUCUCUCCCUAUACUCUUUUUCUUUUCUCAUGCAACAAACAGUCCCAAACAUUGGAGCCGGCGAGAAAGUUUAGAGAGAGAGAGAGAGAGAGAGAGAGAGAGAGAGUUUGAAGAAGCUUUCACGCAGACAUGAAAACCACGCAAACAAAACCACCAAUACUCAGAAAAUGCUUCCUUCUCUCUCUCCUCCUAUCUCUUCCUUUCUUUCUCGUCCUCCUCUCUCUCCAACCCAAACACCACCACCAGAACACCACCGACCCACCACCGGAAAAACAGAGUUACGGCUCCGGAGACCUCAAAAUACGUCCCGGAUACCCCUCCUACAAGUCCUACAUACAGCGGCAACUCAAGAAGACCCUCAAUCCUAAACUCAGAGAACUAUGGACAACCCGUGACUGGGAUCGGAAAAUCCGAGUCUUUGCAAUAUUCUUCCAAGAUUUAAAGCAAAAGCGGCUUCUCUCCAACGAGUCGAAAGCGCUCUGUAUUGGUGCCAGAGUCGGUCAAGAGGUGGAGGCCCUGAGGCGUAUCGGCGUGUCUGACUCGGUGGGGAUCGAUUUGGUGCCGAGUCCUCCGCUUGUGAUGAGAGGAGACUUUCACAACCAGCCCUUCGACAACGAGACCUUCGACUUCGAGUUCUCCAACGUGUUCGAUCACGCGCUGUACCCGGACAGGUUCGUUGCAGAGAUUGAACGGACGUUGAAGCCCGGAGGGGUAUGCGUGUUACACGUGGCGCUGUCUAGACGGUCGGAUAAGUACUCGGCUAAUGAUAUUUACAGUGUUAAACCGUUGGUGGAGAUGUUCAAGGGGUCGGAGGUUGUCCAUAUUCGUGGAGUUGAUGGAUUCGGAUUGGACACCGAGGUCGUGUUCAGGAAAAAGAGACCGAUCCCACGGUCCUGAUUGGCUGAUUUUCGUGGCAUUUGUUUGAAUUUUUUUUUUUUCUUCUUUUUCCAAUUACAUGUUCUUAAUUCAUUUUUUUUUUCUUGAAUUAAAUUUGUCAUAUACUACUCAAAUGAGCUCUAUUUAGUGUAUUUAAUUUGAGUGUGGUUAAUUACGAAUACUACAACUUUUAUUAUA